CCUCCUGCGCGGUAGAUACAGAAGUAGCACGUUGCUAACGAGCGCCCGCUGCCUUCAUACAAACUUUACGGUUUGUACUUAGUUUAGAUCGCGCUGUUGGUCGUCUGCAGUUCCACGGAAGAUUGCUCACUUGCAUUUAGCGCCACUGUGACUUUGUUGACGUGUUUUGUUGCUACGUUUAGCUGUUGACGACAGGACUAGCCUCGUUAGCUGGUAUCACUAGCCAUGGGAGCAGCAGUGCAAGCAACUUAGCGCCUUUUCAAAGUUUUAACUAAACGCUCGUAAACACCAGAUGCGUCUACAUGGAUCACUCAUCUGCAGGUAACUAUAUGCACAGGCUAGCUCAGAUUGUGAUUAGCAGUCAUCUGAGUUUGUGCUAAUUAGCUUUAGUUGUUUAACAUCAACAAAGUCCCUCAACAUGUCCAAUCAGCUGACUGCAGAGCAGCAGCGAAAGAUUGAGGAGAACAGACGGAAGGCUUUAGAGAGAAGAGCCCAAAGACUUGGACAGACUAUCGGCACCGAUAAGCAGAGCUCAGCAGGCUCCAGCAGCACUUCGGUGCAAGCACAGCCCCCCAAACAGAGCUUUUCUACGGAUCCUGCUCAUCAGAGACAAGUCUCAGCUCCUGCACCCCAACGGUUUGUUCCACCCUUCAAAAAAGACUCGCAGAGCUUCAGUGAUCAAAAUCAACACCCAAAUCAUCAGCAGCACUUGUCCACCAGUGGCAAUAAAACCAGCCAUAGUUCAUGGUUUAAUUCUACUUCUUCAAGACCGAUACAAGUCAUUGACCCACUUCCACGGACAAGUCCACAUAUCAACAGCCCUGUCUUGUCUGGUGGAGGAAGUGUUGGUGUCAAGUCAGCUCAGGCCAAACCUAACCUCACCUCCAGCAGCUCCGGAGGUUCACUGAGCUCAUUCUACAACCAAAACAGUAAACCUGGCCAAAGUCCUGCAGCACAGCUUCCCUCCAACUCUGCACCUUCAAAUCCUGUACCUGCAAAAAAACCUGCCAUCUCUGUCAGAGGAAAAUGUGUACCUCACACAGAAGACCGCUUCAGAGUGGAAGUGAGCUACCAUGCAGAGCUUAUUGCUGUUUUCAAGUCCAUCCCUUCGAAGAACUACGACCCUGCCACCAAGAUGUGGAACUUCAAUCUGGGAGACUAUCAACAGCUAAUGGAGGAGGCGGCUGCCAUUGCCUCUGUGUCUUUGAGGCCUCUGGAGGGAAUGGAAGCCGUGGACGUUGCAGCAGCCACCAGCCGAACUCGUGACGGUGCAGCACUGGCGGCGCUGCUCAAACUGUGCAAUGGCUGGCAGAAACCUGGAGCCGCUGUGGAGGGCCAGUGCAUCCUGGUGGGUCGGAGAAAGUUUGAGGUCGACAUCGGUUACCAUGCUGAUGUCAUUGCAGCGUUCAAGCAAAUGCCAACUAAGAGCUACGACAUGAAAACGAGGAAGUGGAGCUUUUCGCUCGAGGAUUACAAGAGACUCAUGGACCUCCUCAGUGGGAUAGCAGCAGUGGAGGUGGAGCCUCUGCCCAGGGCAGUAAUCCAGGCUUUCUCUGCCAGGUUUGAUGGGACUGAAGCCAGGUCUUUAGACGUCCCUGAGGCAGACCUCUCCAGCAUCGACCCUUCACUCACCUGCAGCCUCAUGCCCUUCCAGAGGGAGGGAGUCAAUUUUGCAGUGUCUAAACAAGGCCGCCUCCUCCUGGCUGAUGACAUGGGCCUGGGUAAGACGAUACAGGCCAUCUGCAUAGCGGCUUACUACAGGAAUGAGUGGCCUUUGUUGGUGGUGGCUCCCUCCUCUGUACGAUUCACCUGGGCUGAGGCCUUCAGACGCUGGCUCCCCUCCCUGAGUCCUGACAGCAUCAAUGUGGUGGUGAAGGCCAAAGACAAUCUGCGGUCCGGUUUGAUCAGCAUCAUCAGCUACGACCUGCUGAGUCGGAUGGAGAAGCAGCAGCAAGGAAAACCCUUCAAUGUUCUCAUCAUGGAUGAGUGUCACUUUCUGAAGAACAUGAAAACUGCUCGUUGUAAAGCAGCCUUGCCCCUGCUGAAGGCAGCGAAGAGGGUGAUCCUUCUGUCUGGGACCCCCGCCAUGUCCAGACCGUCCGAGCUCUACACCCAGAUUCUGGCUGUCAGACCGACGCUCUUUCCUCGCUUCCAUGAGUUCGGGAUGCGCUACUGCAAUGCCAGACAGAUGGCUUGGGGCUGGGACUACUCGGGCUCUUCUAAUCUCGGAGAGUUAAAGCUGCUGUUGGAGGAGUGUCUGAUGCUGCGCCGUCUCAAAUCUGACGUCCUCUCCCAGCUUCCCGCUAAACAGCGCAAGGUGGUCACCGUGACCAUAGAUGGGAUUAACACCCGCACAAAAGCUGCUCUCUCGGCUGCGGCCAAGGAGCUGGCCAGGGGACAUCGCAGUAAACUGGAAGAGAAGGAAGCCCUCCUCGUCUUUUAUAACUACACAGCUGAAGCCAAGCUACAGGCCAUUAUGGAGUACAUCACAGACAUGCUGGAGUGUGGGAGGGAGAAGUUUCUCGUGUUUGCCCAUCAUAAAUUAGUCCUGAAUCACAUCACCGCCGAACUGGGGAAAAAGAAUGUCACUUUCAUCCGUAUCGACGGGAACACGCCGUCCGCUGAGCGACAGCAGCUCUGUGAAAAGUUUCAGUUCUCGACCAAGACCUGCGUGGCUGUUCUGUCCAUCACUGCAGCUAAUAUGGGACUCACCCUGCAUGCCGCGGACCUGGUGAUCUUCGCAGAGCUUUUCUGGAACCCCGGGGUUCUCAUUCAGGCAGAGGAUCGAGUUCACCGGAUUGGACAAACCAGCAACGUGAACAUUCACUAUCUGGUUGCCAAAGGAACUGCUGACGAUCACCUGUGGCCAAUGAUCCAGGAAAAAAUGAAUGUCCUGGGGCAAGUGGGUCUGUCUGAGUCAAACCUCUCAGACAAUGCAGUGAACGCCAGCUUCCACUCUAAGGACCCAAAACAACAGAGCAUCAUGGAGAUGUUCCAGAGAUCUUUCUCCGCGGAUGACGACAUGGACGAAGCCAUCUUAAUGGAGGCGGCAAACGACUGGGAAGACACGCCGCCUGAAACCACAUCUGGUCAAAACCACGGCGGCGUAAUGGUUAGACAAAGCCCCAGCAAAAAAAGCAUCCAAGACUAUUUUAGCAGAUGACUUGGAAGACGUUAGCUAAUUACAUUAACAUAAUUUUGGUUUGCUAAUUGGAACAAGACUUUGUGUCUAGCUUUAAGCCUAUCAUGACUUAUCAUUGUUAACAUCUUCCUUAGUUAUUUUCAUAAAUGUAAAAUAACACUACAGUAAACAUAUAUAUAUUUUUUGCAAAGAAGAAUAAAUGAAUAAAU